AUGCUCGGUCGGCGAACGGCGGCACGAGCCUUGCACACGACAUGUAGGCGAUAUACGACACGGACAGGCCUGCUGGACCAGCUGCUGCGCAACCCCGAGCUCGACGAGCAUGAGGCGAAGAAUGAGCUUCGGUGGCUCCGCGACGCCGCCCGUGAGCGGAGACUCAGCCCGCAAGACACCGAGUCGGCAAUCGCGCAGAUGGUUGAACGGCGAUCAAAAGGCGAGCCUCUGCAGUACAUCUUGGGCAACACAGACUUUGGGCCGUUGACCCUCCUCACUCGCGCACCGACGCUCAUACCCCGACCCGAGACAGCCUUCGUCGUCGAGGCGUACGCUGAGCGACUUGCUGGGGUCUCCCGUCCUCUCCGCAUCCUCGACCUGUGUACUGGCUCAGGCUGCAUCCCACUGCUUCUCUCUCACCUCCUCGGCGAUCGGUUUGCGGCAGGCUUCGGCGUCGACCUGAGCUCCGAGGCGAUUUCCCUCGCCAGCGACAACAUCAAGCUGCUUGGUGACGAGCGCGUCAGCGUAUUUGAGGGCGACGUCAUGUUGGCGAACUUUGCACGCGCCGUUCGUGAAGCCACAGGCGGCCAGCCUAUCGACAUCAUCACGGCCAACCCGCCAUACAUCCCCCAGGCCGAAUGGGAGGCCCUGCCCGACUCGGUGCGCGAGUACGAGGACCGCCGGGCACUCGUAGGUGGCCUAGUGGCUGGGUUUGGUGACGGGGUUGCCUUCUAUGAUCGAAUCGGCGAGCUGGCCCAGGAGAUCCUCAUGCCUGAUCCCAAGUUGGCUCGAGUGCCCCGCCUCGCGGUUGAGAUUGGGGCCGACCAGGGCGAGGUCGUGUCGCGAAUGCUCCCUGGCCGCACUGAGGUCCUGCAAGAUCAGUACAGCCGUGAUCGUAUGGUCCUUUCUACACUAUAA